GCUCCAGUGGGGGGGGCUCUCCAGGAUGGGUCCCUGGGAGUGGUGUCUGUGGGGGCCGCCGACACAGCACCGUGUCCGACAGCGGGGACACCGGGAUCGGGACCUACUGCUCCAACAGCGUGGAAGAUGACUCCAGUUCCAGUACCACACCGUUAUCUCUUCAGCCGCUCAUGUUGCAGCAUCUCGUGAGUCAGGAUGAAGGGUCCGUCCCCCUGGUCCACGUCAUGCUGUCCCCAUCCUCCUCCCCGUACACCGGCUAUAGUACGCCAGCCUCCACCAGCAGCAGCACCGGGCGCUGGAGCAGAUCCUGCCAGCUACUGACCCCCGCCGUGACCCUGCCGGGGGUCUCUCUGGACAUGAAGGACCACCCGCCCCUGCGGAGGUGCUCCUCUCUCACCAAGCUGCCCUCUGGGGUGGACAGAAGCUCCAACAGGACAUCAGGCCUUCAGUACAACCCCCAAGGCUCCCUGGACCGAGGACUGCCACAUGGGUACAGGAAGGAGCCCCUCGGUUCUAAAGUGGAUCUUUACCUCCCCUUAUCUUCCUCCUUGCUCUACAACAGCCUCCUGCAGCGCUCCCCAGGGGCCGGGCCCUGCUACCGCUACAACCACAGCAGUAGAUCCAGUGGUUUGGAAAAGAACCGGUCCGUACCCUCGAGUCCGUCCUCAUCGGUGAAACGCAACAGUUUGGACAUGAAAUACAGCGCCUUGCCGGAAUAUAAAGUGUCUCGGGGGGGGGCACAGCUCUAUGGCCUCAGCUUACCCAAACCAGCCGACCCAGCACUGAAGGAUCAUCAGACCGACAGAGGGUCCCCCAUCCAGCCGGCGGUCCGCACCCAGAUGUGGCUCGCUGAGCAGAUGGAGUACAGGCCCAAAGUAGAGGGUGGAGGUCAACUGGGUCCGAUUGGUGCUGCUGGAACAGAGGGCUGUGGAAAUGGGCCAUCGCCAUGUCAACAGGAACCGGGGCUUCACCAGGUAAGCGGCUUUGCCUCAGGG